GAAAUACAGCCCAAGCGACGCGCGAAAGGCCCAUGGCCGUGUUCCGUGAGCAAUGGCUGCCGUGGUGCGUGAGGCCCGGCAGACGGCGGACGACCCGCUGCUGGUCCGCAGGUUCCGCAGCGGGUCCCAUCCGCCGCGGCAGCUGGCGCCGCUGGCGCCAUUGGCGGAGCCGGAACCCAGCGUGUCGCCCCGGCGAGGCGGGCGCCCCAAGGUGCCGCGAGCCCAGAUGAGGCCCAGGAGCCCCAAGUCCGCCCCUCCAGCGCGAGAGCUCUGCAAAUGUGCUGUGGACGAGGCCGCGGAGGUGCUGCACGACCUGGAGGCCUUCGGGGCCACGCUGCAGGACCAGAGCUCUGUGGUCUCAGGCCUUGCCGAGAAGGAGGCGGAGCUUGCGGCUUUCUUGGAGGCCUCGCGCAACGAGGCCUCCGCGCUGCGGCGCGCCCUGGAAAGCUUGGAGCAGUCCGAGGCGCCGGAGGCGCCGGAGGGGGAGGACGAGAUGACACGCGCCAGAGAGGCGCUGGGCCUUGAGUGAGCAUCCUGACCGACGCUGAGAAUCUGGAAAUGGGUUCCCGGAGUUCAUGUCUCACCUCCCGCAACAUGCGAGCCCGGCAC